AUGGCGUCUGAUGGCGGUCUGGUCCAUGGACAGGAGUUCAUGAGCUACACCGUCAUCCCUUUCCGCAACUGGCUAUGCUGGAUCGACUACAACCGUGGCAUCCUCUUCGGUGACAUGUUCGGUCCCACCCCUACUGUCACCUUGGUCCGCCUCCCUCCGGAGGAGGAGUUCGGUUCAACUCAUGCUCAUCCUCCCAACUUGUCGCGUCGCUGGAUGUACCGGGGUGUGUCCGCCAUCGACGUCGGCAAUUGUCUCAAGUUCAUCAAAGUCGACCGCCAUGAUGGCGUUCCCUAUGGGCCACUCAAAGACGGUGCUGGCUUCACCAUCACAUGCCACACCCUCUUGUUAAAGGACAAGGUGUUAAAGGACAAGGUGUGGGAAAAGGACUACUCCGUCACCUCCAAUGAGCUUUGGUCUGCCAACCCUCUUGAGGACCUCCCACGCGACAUUCUCAUGUUUCCUCAAGUGAACAUCGACAGGCCACACGUAGCUCACUUCCUUAUCAUCGAGAAGUCCGUGUACACGUGGAAGAAGAUGUGGGUGGUCACCAUUGACAUGAACACCAAGAAAGUGGAGUCAUUUAAUCCGUAUAUCAAUGGGAUGGAGGCCCGUGGAACUGAGGAUGCUGACUUGGCCAAAGAGAAGUCAUUUGGUUCCUCGCCUUCCCCCCUGUGGGUUCUCCGAGUUCCUCCAUCUCUCAAGGAGUCGUUUAUUGAUGCAUUGUGCAACUCUUCAUCAGUUUAG